AUGCAGCUGUCUACUGCUGAGAAUAUCUACAUCAUCGGUGUGGAUAGGUCAACACGUGUUCUUGCGACGGUUCAAGCUGUGGGGUCCUUUGCCUUGGGUGGAUUCAUUUCCUACAUGCUGUUCAGGGAACAUUUCAACCGCUUGGACGAUUUCCUCAGACAUAUGUCCAGUACACUAAUGCAGAUGCGUUACCUCAUAGGAAAGUUCACUGACACGGUCUCCUUUUAUAAGGCCCGGGAAAUUAGGAAUAACCGGAGAUAUUGCAUCCGAAGGACAAGGAAGUUGAUCGAGGCACAAUGGCUAUGAAGAUCUCGGCUUCCAUAUUUGAAGAUCUCAGCUCUUGUUGGAAACUUAAAAAGGAAGGAAAUCCACUCCAAAAGGAAGGAAGCUUGGAGACUACUUACCUUGAGGAGUUUGUAUAUAUACUCUUUCAAAUACACAAUUAAAGGUUGUUGAAAAUAUCAGAGUGUAUCAUAUAUUGAAGACUUCUUUCGAGUGUUCGAUAGUUUUGCUUUCGAGUUUUAUUGUAAACAGUUUUUCAAUGUUUUUGCCCCACUGAAGAACCUUGUUUUGUUUUUCUAUUUUGCUACAAACACUUAUCGUACUUAGGGAUUAAGUGUUGGUGUAGCGCCCCUUUAAGCGACUUUACAUCUUUUUUAAUAGUUUUAG